AUGGCUUCCACAAAUCAGCCAUUCCUCGACCGUGUCUUUGCAGCUAAGAGCAAGGAUGAGUCGCGCAAACUCUACGACCAGUGGGCGGCGAGCUACGAUGCGGACAUGCAGACAUACAGUUUCACAGCGCAUCGUAUUGUUGCCGAGAUGAUCCCGAAAUACCUCAAAGUUGCUCCGGCGGACACAAGCAUAGUCGAUGCAGGCUGCGGUAGCGGUCUUGUUGGGGUCACUCUUCAGGAACUAGGUUUCAAGACAAUUGACGGACUAGAUUUGAGUGAGGGCAUGCUCAAGGUCGCGGACAAAACUGGCGCGUACCGGAAGCUGGAGGUUACAGACCUGACACAAAAGCUCGAUAUCGAGGAUGGUACUUACGAUGCACUUACGUGCAGUGGGACGUUCACGCAUGGUCACAUAGGGCCGGAGCCAUUGCCGGAACUCACGCGAAUUAUAAAAUCGGGUGGUAUACUCGUUGCUACCGUUCUAGAAAUCUUCUGGAAAGAGGGGGGUUUCGAGAAGGUCGUGAAAAGACUGGUGGACAAUGGCACGGUCGAGGUAUUGGAGAAGGACGUGCACAACUAUAGAAAGCUCGGGAAUGAGUCAAGUGGCGGCGUAGUGUUGGUGUUGAGGAAGUUACAACAUGUUCAGUCUGUUUGA